GGUGGAGAGCUGAAGUCGGCCGGGGGUGGAGCUCGGAGGAAGAAAGCUGAGUAGGAAACAACGUGAAUUAGGAGUGAAGACUGUAAAGACGAUCCACAGGUCCGGACUGUCACACACGUUUACCUGCGACAGAUGGGGGGUCAGGUGUCGUCAGUGGAGGGGGUCCAUGUGGUGGUGGUGGGCGGUGGGUUCGGGGGCAUCGCGGCCGCUCAGCAGCUGAAGUCUGAGGGACUGAGCUUCACUCUGAUCGACCUGAGAGACGCUUUUCAUCACAACGUGGCGGCGCUGCGAGCGUCCGUGCAGCCCGGCUUCGCUCAGAGGACCUUCAUCCCCUACGCUGAGACGUUUGGAGACAGUUUUGUUCAGGGCCGAGUGGAGAGAGUGGACACCGAGAGACAGACAGUCAUCCUGCAGGGAGGGAGGGAGGUCCAGUACUCCCACCUCAUCCUGUGUACUGGGACUGACGGUCCGUUCCCCGGGAAGUUCAACACGUUGGCGUCUUAUCAGACCGCCGUCCAGACGUAUGAGGACUUCGUCAAACAGGUCCAGGCUGCAGACUCUGUGUUGGUUGUGGGAGGGGGGUCGACCGGCGUGGAGAUGGCUGCUGAGAUCAAGACGGAGUAUCCAGACAAAAAGGUGGUUCUGAUCCACUCCAGGAUCGGACUGGCCGACCCGGAGCUGCUGCCCAGCGUCCGACAGCAGGCCAAAGAGGUUCUGCUGGAGAAGGGAGUGGAGCUGCGGCUGGGACAGAAGGUGGUUUCUCUGUCUGAGCUGCAGCUGAACGUCACUCAGAGGAACAUGGAGGUCGCCACAGAGCGAGGAGAGACUCUGACCACAGACCUGAUCGUCUGCUGCACCGGACUCAAGGUCAACUCUGCCGCAUACGCCUCCAGCUUCUCGGACAGUCUGACCGACAGCGGAGCUCUGAAGGUCAACCAGCACCUGCAGAUCCAAGGUUUCUCCAACAUCUUUGCCGUGGGCGACUGUGCCGACGUCAAAGAGCCCAAGAUGGCGUACCACGCCGGACUGCACGCCGCCGUCGCCGUUAGCAACAUCACUAACGGUCUGAGAGGGAAGGAGCUGACGUCCUAUCACACAGGUAACAUCACCAUGUUGCUGGCGAUGGGCCGAAACGACGGCGUGGGUCAGUUCAACGGACUGAAGCUUCCACGAAGUGUCGUCGCUCUGGGGAAGAGUCGAGAUCUGCUGCUGUGGAAGAGCUGGAGGGAGAUGAAGCAGACACAACCCUGACACACACACACACACACACACACACACACACACACACACACACACUCUUCUUCUGAAUAAUGUUUACUGUGAAAUUAGCAGCUGACCUCAGUGAUCAUGUGACCUCAGGUUUGUGGACAAACUUUGACCUGAAGAGAAACUAAUUUAUGAAAAUGUUGCCGUCACUUCAGUUUAAACUACAAACACAUUUUACUGUCAUGUGAGCUUUUAUUUUGAAGUUUAACCGAUUGAACUUUUUCAUGAACACAAACGUUAUUGGUCAGAAUCUGUAAACACUGUUCUUUAAAGUGAAGCUUUAAACUUCUCAUGUUCCUCUGGUUUCACUUCCUGGUCUGGAGUUACAGCUCAUCAGUUAAAUGUUUGUGCCAAUAAAGUUUCAGCUUGAAAAACAUUUAAAAACUGCAUCUUUAUUUUUUUCAACAAUCAAUAAAAUAUUAAAACCUGAA